AUGGUAGUGUUGUCGCGAUGAUGGCAGACAGACUGGUAAUUAUCAUCGCGACUGCAUUCCAAAGCAGUUAGAGAAACACUGAAAACACUGCUCUAAGACGCUCGCCCCUUUCGACCUUUUCCAACUGGAGAGGCUGAGAGAAGGCUUAUCUCCUGAAUAUUGACAGCAAGCCGCCGAGACUUACCUUUUUUAAUAUUCAUUCAGACCUAUUGUUAUUACAUCCAUAAUAGCAUCGACGACGCAAAAAAUAGCCAGUGUAUUGCUAUACUCUUUAAUGCAGCUUGCUUAAGCAUUACUGAUAGUCCAGUAUUCAGGUAAGCAUAUCUAAACGAAUACUGAAACAAAGUCGCCGCUGCUUAUUAAAAGUACGACUUGGGGGUCUGCGACUACCACGACUAACUGAAACGACGUUGACUGCAGCCGAAUGUCCAAACCGCGUCGGUUUGAUUCACCCCGCUCCUUGGGGACAAUGGUAUCUCCCACAGAUGUGGUUCCGACUUGUUCAUCAGUCAAGUUCCUGAGUUCUUAUAUAGGCAUACGCGUCUGAUCGACGCUAUUCCUAUGUUGUCAUUAUGAACUGCGGAACUUUAGACCCUCCGUUUCUCACGGCCGAAGAAGGCAGGGUGACCCGCGAGUAAAUUUAAAGCCAUGACGGCGUGGAAGUAGCCAGGUGGCUUUGCUACAGCGUGACCGCGGCGAUGGAGUCAAUCGCCACCGGAGCCAGUGUUGCUAGUUUCGCCAUCCGUACGCACUUCCACGACACGCGCCUGGGCACAAUUAGCUAUCGAGAACGCUGCGUGGAAAAUUGAGAGAAUAUAUGCAAUUCUUCUGGAUCGACUUCGGUUGCAUCGCUCUCAAACGUACCCAUCAUGUCCGAUCCAAAUUGCUGGACUGUGUCCCGGCUUAUGCCGGGGGCUAUGCUAAGGCGAACAAAAAGUUGUCGUAGCAACAAGCGGAGCCUGGUGGUGAGGAACCCAUCCCCCACUCGCUCCAGGCCUCUCUCACCCUUCUCACUGGCCACAGCAGCCUGCAGUCCUAUGGACAGUUUGAGGGGCGUGUCCAUCAGCAGCUCCCUCAACCUGCCCUUCAGUCGCAGCCACUUGGCCCGGACAGACAGAGGUGAUGGGAGAAGAUGGUCCCUCCCCUCGUCCGGCUAUGGAACCAAUCCCCCCAGCUCCACUGUCUCUUCCUUGUCUUCCUCCCAGGAGCUCCUCCCCCUGCCGCCGGAGCUGUGCUUCCCGCCCAAGCCCUCCCGCAGCACCGAGAGCGUGGCGGAGGAGGACGGCCGGGCUCCGCCCCCCCUGCGCCGAGCCCGCAGCCUCAGCCCUGGCCGGACGAGCGGCUCGGAUAAUGAGGUCAUCAUGAUGAACCAUGUUUACAAAGAGCGAUUCCCUAAGGCUCGGGAGCAGAUGGAGGAGCGGCUCCAUGACGUGAUCGCCCUCUGCUCCCCGGACAGCUCGCUCCUAUUGGCCGACGGCGUGCUGGGCUUCAUCCAGCACCAGCUGCUGGAGCUGGCCAAGGACUGCCUGGACAAGUCCGGCCGAGGCCUGGUCACCUCACAGUACUUCCUGGAGAUGCACGACAAACUGGACAAACUGCUACACGAGGCGUACGAGCGGUCCGAGAGCGAGGAAGUGAGCAUCAUCACGCAGCUCGUGAAGAAGAUUCUCAUCAUCAUCGCCCGGCCUGCGCGACUCCUCGAGUGUCUGGAAUUUGACCCGGAAGAGUUCUACUUCCUCCUGGAGCAAGCAGAGGAUCAGGCCAAACUGGGGGAGGGCAUAAAGAAAGACAUUCCCCGCUACAUCAUCGAGCAGCUCGGCCUGGUCCGGGACCCCGUGCAAGACAUGGUCCAGUUGGAGGAGAUGGCUCGGGAGGCCGAUGACCUGGAGAACAAGGCCGUGACUGCAGCCAGCUCGCCCUGCCGAAGGAAAGCCCAGGAGAGCGACUUCGAGACCAUAAAGCUCAUCAGCAACGGAGCCUAUGGGGCGGUGUACCUGGUGAGACACUGCCAGACCCGGCAGCGCUUCGCCAUGAAGAAGAUCAACCGGCAGAACCUGGUGCUGCGGAACCAGAUCCAGCAGGCCUUCGUCGAGCGCGACAUCCUCACCUUCGCCGAGAACCCCUUCGUGGUCAGCAUGUUCUGCUCCUUCGAGACCCACCGCCACCUCUGCAUGGUCAUGGAGUACGUGGAAGGGGGCGACUGCGCUGCCCUGCUGAAGAACAUUGGCCCGUUGCCGGUGGAGAUGGCCCAGAUGUACUUUGCGGAGACGGUGCUGGCGCUGGAGUACCUGCACAGCUACGGCAUCGUGCACCGGGACCUCAAACCUGACAACCUGCUCAUCACCUCCAUGGGGCACAUCAAGCUGACGGAUUUCGGCCUAUCGAAGAUCGGCCUGAUGAACAUGACCACCAGCCUUUACGAGGGGCGUGUCGAGCAGAGGACGCAGAAGUUCGUAGACCAGCAGGUGUGUGGUACCCCAGAGUACAUCGCCCCGGAGGUGAUCCUGCGGCAGGGUUACAGCAAGCCGGUGGACUGGUGGGCCAUGGGGGUCAUCCUGUACGAGUUCCUGGUGGGCUGCGUGCCCUUUUUCGGGGACACGCCCGAGGAGCUCUUCGGACAGGUGGUCAGCGAUGUGAUCGUCUGGCCUGAGGGGGACGAUGCCCUGCCUGCUGAUGCCUGUGACCUCAUCGCCUGGCUGCUCCGGCAGAAUCCACAUGAACGCCUGGGGUCAGGGGGUGCUGGUGAGGUGAAGCGGCAUAUGUUCUUCCUGGGUCUGGAUUGGACCAGACUCCUGAGGCAGAAAGCGGAGUUCAUCCCUCAGCUGGAGGCCGAAGAUGACACCAGCUACUUCGACACUCGUUCUGAGCGAUACAGCCACAUGGAGUCUGAUGAAGAUGAUGAGACCAACGAUGAAGGCUCCUCCCUGGAGCUCAGCCAGUUCUCCUCCUGGUCCCACCGUUUCAGUCAGGUGUACAGCAGCUCUGAGCAGUUGGCCGUGCCCUCGAACCCGAGCCUGUCGCCCCUGGAGCGCCGCCACAGCGAGGACCAGGAGGAGCAGUGGGAGGAGCGCCCCCCGGAGGCCAGCGAGGCUGGCCGGGGAAAACGCAGGUCCAGUCUGUCCCCCCGUGUGAGGCCCAGGGCCAUGUCCAGCUGCUCCCGGCAGGACAGAGAGCGCCGCCUGCUGGUGAUGGCCGCCAAGCGCAGUCAGGAGGCCUCGCCGCCCGUCGCCCCCGCCGACCAGGACGAAGUCGACGCAGGCGCGCCCACACAUCCCAGAGUCCGUCUCCGUAGCAACAGCAUGGGCGCCAAGUGCCCCCGCGGCAGAGACCCGGAGGGGUCCCGUUACCUGGCCCCCCCGACCCCCCUGGCACGCACCCGCAAAAAAUCACGGAGCCCGUCAAAGGACAAGGUCCCCAAAUCGGCCUCCGCGUCCGCCCUGUCACACGCCGCUGCUCCAGAUGUGGAGGGCGGUGCCCAGGCAGGCCACGCCUCCUCGCGCUCCUUCCCCUCAAACCCGUCGUCCCGGGAGACCUCCCCGGUGCGAGACCCCGCCCUCAGCGCCAGGAGGCCCCGCCCACCCGUGCUGAUCCACCGCUCAGGCCGGAAGUACGGCUUCGCCCUGCGGGCCAUCCGCGUCUACAUGGGCGACAGCGACGUCUACACCGUGCAGCACGUGGUCUGGGUUGUCGAGGAAGGAAGCCCCGCCCAUGAUGCGGGACUUAGGGCUGGUGACCUCAUCACGCACGUGAACGGGGAGUCCGUUCGGGGACUGCUGCACACCGAAGUGGUGGAACUCCUGCUCAGGAGCGGCAGCAGCGUGGCGCUGCAGACGACGGCGCUGGAGAACACGUCCAUCAAGGUGGGGCCGGCCCGCAAGACCGGCUGCGGCAGCAAGAUGGUGCGACGCACCCGGAGACGCAGGAGGAGAGACGCCCACAGGAGGAGGCCCUCUGUGGCGAAGAAACUGUCCCGGCAGCCCAGUGGGGCGCACUCCAGCCGCGCCGCCGCCUCUGCCCUGCACCAGUCCAUGUCCUCCAGCGAGAGUGGGGCGGGGUCACCUACGCCAAGCCCCUCCCCUGGGCCGGCCACGCCCUGUCGUAGCCCCGCCCCUGACCAGGCCUGGGACAGCAGCCCUCCCCUGAGCUCGUCCCCGGGCUCCAGCUCCCCCGGGUCCCCAGCAGGGCGGGCGAGACCCCGGUCCCUCCAGGGCCUGGGCCCCAGACUGAGCGCCCGGGCCCCCCGCCGCCAGAGCGCCAUCAUCAUCCCGCCCUCCCCGCUGGCCUCGAACCCCGCCCCCGGCCCUGCCCCCUCGCCCCCCAGCCUCGCCCGGCGCGCGGAGGGGCUGGCCGAUUCGGGCCCGGCGGAUUCGGAGGGCGAGGCGGCGUCCUGGGGGGCGGAGCUCGGGCGGUGCCACGGCAGACACAGGGAGGACAUGGCGGCGGCCUUGGCGGUGCGACGGCUCAGCCUGUCAGAGCGCCGCGACGGCUUCAGGAAGCAGGAGGCCGUGCGGGAGCCCAGCUUCGACGGCCCCGCCCCGUGCCCCGCCCCCGGCCCACGGCAAUGGUUCCGGGCCCCCUCGGUCGCGAGUUCGGAGGGGUGGGGCUCCAGCCUGGUGCCUCGCAUCACCCUGCAUCAAGGGACCGAGAGCGGAGGAGAGGGAGAGGGAGACAGCAGAGAGGGCGAGGGCGAGCCACAACAGGACCUGUGAGGGGGGUGGGGGGCGGGGGCGGAGCCAACUGCCACAGAACUGGACCAUUUCCUGCGAGAGAGCUGAGAGGGACUACUGAGAGGGGCGUGGCCCAAAGGAGAGAAGGGGGCGAGGCUGGUCUGGAGAAAGGGGGUGUGGCUGUACCAGUGAAAAGGGGAGGAGCUUGAUAGUAAGAGAGAGGAAGAGAAAAGCCAUUCCUUAACAGAAUGCAGCUAGAGCUGCACCAGUACACUGCAAGUCUUCAUUUUUAACCUUUUUUUUAAAAACAUUUUCAGUUUUUUUU